AUGGAUAGUUUGGCACCUCCUCAGGGGAGAAGAAGACGUGCUUUGUCAAUUAAUAACCCUAGUGAAGGAGAACAGAUCGCUCGAAAUGGUACCUUAGAUACUUUAGAAAACGAUUUGGGUCUUGUUAAGGUCCAGUGGAAUAAAGUAUUAAGUGAUAAAUCAAACCCUUUAGAAUUGGCUUUAGCUUUUCUCGAUGAUACUUCUGUUGGUUUAAGUCACAGAUACGAGGAAUUUAACCAAUUACAGGAAAGAAUUGCUUCAGAUCUUAAAGCAGUAGUUAAUGAACAUAGUCAAGCAUUCAAUGCCAACGUGGCAUCUUAUUCACAAACUGUUUCUGCGUUAACUGAUGCUCAAGAAAUGACAAGCGACAUUAAAAGGGAUUUGAAAGCAGCCAAUGACAACAUUACCAUAAGGAAGGGUUCUUUAGAUGAGUUAAAUGAAAUGAGCGUUCAUUAUGCUAAAACUAUUGAGAAUGCUUCGCUUGUCGAAGAACUGUUGCAAAUUUCAGAAAAGAUUGAAGAUUCAAUAAGGAAAGAAGAAUAUAAAAACGUACAGAAACUCCUGGACAGAGGGUUUGUCUUACUUAAUAUGUCAGAUCUUAGGGAUAUCAAGCUUUUACAACCAAUUCGUCACCAACUGGAAUUACAAGAGCAUACAUUAUUUCAAAAUAUGAUUGAAGAAGUACAUAAUAUCAUAUAUUCCAAGAAGGAAUUUGCUAAUGUUGUCUCGAACAUUUUAGAAACAGUUAGUAUCGCUCAGAAUGGCUUUACUAGUUUGGAAAAUUAUCUUUAUAAUAUUUCCAAUAUUGAUAUAUCCAAACAAUCAAUAGAAAUAAACCAUAAAUUAGAAGCAUUUGUUACAAAUCUUAAACAAGAUCCUGGAUACUACCAAAACAUUGCAACUAUAUCACAUGAAGGAGAACCAUCCGAAUAUGUGCGUUUAUACGCAUUGUUAUCGUCAGUUAAAGACAUAAAUAAGCUCCCUAAUAUGCUAAGUAUUUUGUUGGACAGGUGUAAAGAAGAAGUUCACAUCCUAAUCCAAAAAUGUGUUGACAAAGUUCGUUUUUCUCAUCCAACUUUGCUGAAGUUAAAAACCAAUCCUAACAAUUUCAACGAUUUUGGGCUCUCGAUAAAUGAUCUAUUAUCCUUGAUUAUGAGAGAAUGUUUUUGGGAAAUUUUUGUAAAACUUUUGCUUGCUAUUCAAAGACAUAAAGCCAUAUUUGAAAUUGCAAAUUCAUUACAAAUGACGAGCGGUAACCCUCAUCAAUAUAGGUUCAACGACAUCUGGAAAAAAAUGUUAGACGAGCUCGACACGUUACUUUCAAGAUAUCUUUUCGAUGGUUCUCUAAGUCAGAAUGAUGUCCCUCCAACUGAAAAAAAUGGGCAGCAAAGAAAACAUACAAGGCAAUUAUUCUCAUUGCAAGACAAUCUUGGUGAUAACUCCAUUGCCAAGGAACAUGUAGGCGAAUUGAAGUCACUGCUCAAGGACAUUUUUGUAGGAUUUACAACAUCAACUAACAUAGACUUAGAUUCUGUUUAUAUUGAGGAUGAUUUCUUUGAGCAAGAGGAACCUUUACUUCCACCAUCUGUGUUCAAUAUAAAAGUUAUUUUGGAGCCUUUUUUACUGUUCUCUAAAGCAACAGCUACAUUCAUAUCAACUGAGUUGUUAAACGAUUCUGUCCAACCACCAAUGGCAGUUUUCUCCAACUUCAUGGAAGCUAGAUGGCUACCUGCGUUGGAAACAACUUUUACUUACUUGUUCCAGAAAAAAGUGCAAUCAAAUAAUCCAUAUGCACUAGAAAAGGUAGGGGAACGCAGAAGCGUUUUCAAGGCAGCCACAGACUUUAAAAUCCUCUUUCAAAAUGUUUUAUAUGUUUUGAAUACUUCUAAUAUUUAUAGAGGACAAUUUACCGAAGUAGUUCUGAGCCUUUUAAGUAGGUUCUCCGUUUACUAUUCAAAUAUUAUUGAAAAUUUAAUUGGUAGGUCCAAGAAUAAAAUUUCAAAAACGAAAAUCCUAUCUGUUUGGUUAAAGGACGACGAUUUAAUGAAAACUGAAAGAGAAUUUCUUCUUCAGGAUGGUUCGAAGGGUUCUUUAGAUAGUCAAACUGAGACCUCCCUAUUAUUUAAAUUCUGCGAUCAAUUUUAUGUUAAAAACAAAGGUAUAAAUAGCAGUGAUUUAUUUAAUACACUUACUUUAGAUGCUUCAAUAUAUCUAACAAGUACAAUAUGCUGGAUUUUGAGUUGGCUUCCGGACCUGGAAAAACCAACAGAACAAUCUUCAGAAGAGCAAAGCACAAGCACUUUUGAAGGCGACGCCGAUGAAAUCAGAAAUCAUUGGGCGCUCUCAGAAUAUGGUAAUUUGGAAGCAUUGGAUAAGAAUUUGAGUUUGAGACUUUUAUCUAACAAAGUGAGUUCUUUACGGUUGAACAAGCUUGUUCAUGAGUUUAUAGAAAUGAAGUAUAGGUUGCUGUCGAUAUUAAGGUUUGACAUAAGAACGAGAUCCAUUUACAGAAUCGGUAAGUUCUUUCAGCUCACGAAAAUAUGGAAUUCUGAUGUGGGUAGUAUAGAAUUAGAUCAAAAUAUUGGCAUACUAUUGAAUGAAUUGAAAACAAUUGAAAAUAAAUUAAAAGAGGAACUUCCUGUAGAAGAAAAGGAUAAAAUUUUCACAGGUCUUGACGACGUCAAUACUUUUGCAUUUAUCAAGGGAGCCAAUUCAAUCACUGUAUUAAACAACAAUGGUAUAAAGAGAAUUUUGAGGAAUAUAAAUGUUCUACAACAUACUCUCAGAAAUCUUUACUUCAAACCUGCAGAGAUCACCAUGGGUAAUGCAAUAAGUUUUUACACUUUGGCCGGCUCAAGUGAGGCAACCCUGCUAAACAAAAUUCAAUCAAAAGAGUUGUCAUUCUGCUCGGUAGAAGACUUGAAGACCAUAUUAAGACUACAAUAUAGUGAAGAGUUAACUAGGCAAGUGAAAAGACAUGGCCCAAACGGAAAUAGAACUGCCAGUAACCCCGUGAAUAAAAGAUACACCGAAGCCCUUGCUAAAAUUGAGCAGUUGGAAGAAAAUGCAAUAUAA